GCUGUUGUAGCAAAGAUGGCGGCGUUCGUUAGAGGCAUGUUUUGGCAUCUUCUUACAGCAGAACGAAGUAAUAUUCUGAAAAAAUGCAACGACUGUAUCGUCAAUUCAAAGAGAUACGUGCGAGCAUUGAAAAGGAGACCUGUGAAGGUGUUGUAUCCUGAUAGUGAGACGACAUCAACAACGAAACAGAGGUCAGAUCAAAUCGUCAACAAGCAGUCUCAGAGAGUUGCGUCCAAAGUGAGGGAGUACACAGUCAACGCAAAUUUAAAAAAUGAGAAAACUGAUAAAAGUGUUUUCAGCAUGUUAUGUAGGUCCAGAAAUGGCAAUGCAUCCUCAACGUCGGAACAUACAACCAAUCUGAAGGACCAACUAGGUGGCCUCAAAUUCGAAAGGGCCUUCCCUGGUGACAAACGAUUGGCGAGGGUGGUGAGUGUGGCUCGCUCCAGGACGUUUCGGGAGCACCAGGGUAAGAUCCUGUUAGAGGGGAGACGUCUGAUCUGCGAUGCCCUGGCUGCUGGAGCCAACCCUCAGAUGGUGUUCUUCAGUUCUGUGGACAGACUGUGUGAGCUCCCCUUGGACAAACUGAAGAGGGCCACUCUGGUCAAAGUCAAGUUUGAGGACAUCAAGAUCUGGUCUGACCUUGUAACUCCACAGGGAGUGAUAGCCAUAUUUUCUCGGCCAGACCCAUCCCGGCUGACAUUCCCUCAGGACCAGCGUGGUCAGUCUGUGCCGCUGUCCCUGAUCUGUGACAACGUGCGGGAUCCUGGGAACCUGGGCACCAUCCUGCGCUGUGCUGUCGCUGCAGGCUGCCACAAUGUCCUGCUCACCAAGGGCUGUGUGGACGCCUGUGAACCUAAGGUGCUGCGAGCAGCGAUGGGUGCCCAUUUCUGCCUCCCCAUCUUCCCCAGCUUGGACUGGGACAACGUUCAAAACCAGCUGCCAAAGAAUGUGACUGUCCACGUGGCAGAUAACUGCAGUGGCUCUGAGAGAGAAGUAGCUGAGGACAUGGAAGCAAACCAGUCCAACAAACCUUCAAAGGCGGGGGACUAUGGGUGGGUGAGUAGCAGGCCUAAUCGUAAAGACAUGCGCUAUGAGGAAUAUGAAUCAGACUCCGAACUGUCACUUCCAAGAGUGGAGACCAAGUUGUACCAUGAGGGCUGGGCUCAGGGGAACACAGGCCUAGUGAUUGGUGGAGAGACUCAUGGACUAAGUCUGGAAGCCGUCCAAUUGGCUGAGAGAACUGCUGGUCAAAGACUGUUUAUCCCUGUGGUCCCUGGAGUGGACAGUCUCAACUCAGCCAUGGCAGCCAGCAUUCUCCUGUUUGAAGGCAGAAGGCAACUGUUAAACCUAAUGGAGACGUCUGGGAGGAAAGCUAAGUCUAAAGAGCAAUUUCCAUGAUUUUCCUGGAAGCCAUUUUGAGUGUAACGGACAUGUUAUUCCUGGUGUUGGUCACUUUUUCCAUGCAUACAUUAUAGACUGCGCGACACCACUUCACUGUACCUCAUGUCAGACUGAAUCAUAUGGAUGGAUUUAAUUUCCAUAUUCAACACAGUGUUUGGCUGAAAAUGAGUGACAGAAUUUCCACAAUGUGAAAUGUAUGUUCUUUCCUGUCUGCAUAUUUCCUUCAUAAUGUCUUCCAAAAUUCCUGCCAGUGUGGCUUUAGAAGCUUCACUUAGUCUCCACAUGCAGUUGGCUACUAGAUUUCCUGCAAGUUAUGACUAAACUGCUGCCAUGCAAAAUGACUGCUUAAUAUCUAUACUGGACACUAUUGGACAUGUGCUAAGUGUGUCUGUUUAGCAAGGGAAAUAACCUGUCCAUCUAACAUUUUCACUGACGGGCCUAUGAAAGCAAUUAUCGUAGUAACCACAAGGUGGUGCCUGAAGCAACUUCUGAGAACAUUUACUGUAUGUUAUGAAGUUGGAGGGUAAAAAAGCACAGAAUGUAAUGUGAAAGGUAUGAAAUACUUCUUAUACUGUAAAUAAAUGGGUUGUGUACAAAGCC